CUAAUGCGUUGUGAAAAGUGGAGCGACCGAUUGAACAUUCGCGGCAUACUGGCCGUCGACGAGGGGGACGUAGCGCAGGUGAGAGACGCCGUCCGGGCGGCGGUUCGCCUGGUCGCCAACAGCAGGAAGCUACCCAGCCGUGCAGGUAAUAAGAAGAACACCACUGCGGAUAAUUUUCGAAACUCGACACCGCAAGUUGAAACAGAAAUGUUCAGAGACCACCUAGAAGAGGUGCCAGAGGAACGACCCGAGCCGUUGAAGCUGGUCGUGAUGACGGUUGCCGAGGCCGACAAAGAGCUCUAUCAAAUGCAAAAAUGUCUGGGUCUGGAAGAGUCAUGCUGUUUCUGCAUGACACAGAAGGUCUGGCAUGGAAGCUCUAGCAUCACAGGUUUCGAGAAGCUUCCGCAAUGCCGAACCCGCAUGACAAGUCCCCCACUUUAAUGACAGAAAAUGGGCAGCUUUUGCUACCUAUGCAUGAGAGUUUUUUGUGUGUUCUGAAAUGUGCAUCACAGGUUACAUCCUUCCAGACCCAGACACUUUUACAUUUGAUAAGCUCAGCCUCUUUACAAAUCGCGGCGCAAAGGAGUGGAUUCCUGCCGAUUUGCUCGCAGACUGGUACACUCGACACGCCAUUGAUUUUUCCACCAACUAGCUCUAGUCGUAGUUGUCACCCUCACUCAUCAGCCGCAGCGGCCGCACAAGCAACACUGUUCCAUGAUCCGUCGUCUUCUCUUGUUGAGAAAAUGGGCAGCAGUUCUUGUGCAGCUGGAAAAAUCCGCAAGAACGG